CGGAGCGUCGUCAAUGGGAAGGGAACGCCGCGUUGGAAAAAGCGCACACUGUUUAGCCAACUUUCAACUGCACCAUGGUUUGCACCUCAGUCUCGUGUUUGUGGACUAUAUUUUGCCUUCAUUUAUGUUUUUAUGUGAACACUGGAAUAGCACAGAACACAAGAGAGGUGAUCCUGCUGGAUUCAAAGGCGCAGCAGACAGAGCUGGAAUGGAUAUCGUCUCCUCCAAGCGGGUGGGAAGAGAUCAGCGGCUUAGAUGAAAACUACACACCCAUUCGCACAUACCAGGUCUGCCAGGUCAUGGAGCCAAAUCAGAACAACUGGCUACGGACUAACUGGAUUGAGAAGGGCGAUGCCCAGAGGAUUUUUGUGGAGCUGAAGUUUACCUUGAGGGAUUGUAACAGCCUUCCAGGGGUGGUUGGCUCUUGCAAGGAGACGUUCAACUUGUACUACCAGGAAGCCGACGUGGAGGUGGGCAGGAAUAUAAGGGAGAGUCAGUAUGUGAAAAUUGACACUAUAGCCGCGGACGAGAGUUUCACUCAGGGUGACCUGGGGGAAAGAAAGAUGAAGCUCAACACGGAGGUGCGUAUAAUCGGGCCCCUCUCCCGCCGAGGCUUCUACCUGGCCUUUCAGGAUGUAGGUGCCUGCAUCGCUUUGGUCUCCGUCAAAGUGUAUUACAAGAAGUGUUGGUCAAUUAUUGAGAACCUGGCCACGUUCCCAGAUACAGUGACGGGAUCGGAGUUUUCGUCGCUGGUAGAAGUGGAGGGCACAUGCGUUAAUGAUGCAGAGGAGGAGGCCGACAACUCUCCCAAAAUGCACUGCAGCGCAGAAGGAGAAUGGCUGGUACCCAUUGGGAAAUGUAUAUGCAAAGCUGGAUUUCACCAGAAGGGAGAUGCAUGUGAACCCUGUGGUCGUGGAUUCUACAAGUCUUCAUCUCAGGAUCUUCAGUGUUCCCGUUGUCCCGCGCACAGUUAUAAUGACAGAGAGGGCUCAUGGAGAUGUGACUGCGAAGACGGCUAUUACAGAGCCCUCUCCGACCCCCCUUCAGUCGCCUGCACUAGUGAACCCCCAACUGCUCCCCAGAACCUGCUUUACAACAUCAACCACCCCACCGUCAGCCUAGAGUGGACCCCGCCAGCCGACACGGGUGGCCGUAACGACGUGACGUACCGGAUUAUAUGCCGCCGCUGCACCUGGGAGCCAGAAGAGUGCUUUCCUUGCGGGAGCAAUGUUGGCUACUUGCCACAGCAGAGUGGAUUAAUGGACACCUACGUCACCAUCGCUGACCUGUUAGCUCAUGCAAACUACACCUUUGAGGUUGAGGCUGUGAACGGCGUGUCUGACCUUAGCCGUACCCAGCGACUGUUUGCAGCCGUCAGCAUCGCGACCAGCCAAGCAGCCCCAUCGCAAGUGAGUGAGGUGAUGAGGGAGCGAGUUCAGCAGCACAGCGUUCAGCUCUCCUGGCAGGAACCAGAGCAGCCCAAUGGCGUCAUCACCGAAUACGAGAUCAAGUACUAUGAGAAAGACCAGAAGGAUCGCAUUUACUCCACCGUGAAGUCAAAGUCUACUUCAGCCACAGUCAAUAAUCUGAAGCCAAGCACAGCGUACAUCUUUCAGAUCCGAGCAUUCACCGCCGCGGGAUACGGCACUUUCGGUCCCAGAGUAGAGGUCACCACCAAUGAAGAAUCCACUGGAUCUGCUACAGUCAUAUCGAGUGAGCAGAAUCCAGUCAUCAUCAUCGCAGUGGUGGCGGUAGCCGGUACCAUCAUCCUGGUCUUCAUGGUGUUCGGUUUCAUCAUAGGGAGAAGGUACGCUCUCGCGGCCCCCAUUGACUCUCCGCUACUACACUGUGGCUACAGUAAGGCCGAUCAGGAAGGGGACGAGGAGCUCUAUUUUCAAUUUAAAUUUCCAGGCACCAAAACCUACAUUGACCCUGAAACCUACGAGGACCCGAACAGGGCUGUCCAUCAGUUCGCAAAGGAGCUGGAUGCCUCUUGCAUUAAGAUUGAGAGGGUUAUCGGCGCAGGAGAGUUUGGAGAGGUGUGCAGCGGACGACUGAAGCUGCCGGGAAAGAGGGAUGUGUCGGUGGCCAUAAAAACGCUGAAAGUAGGCUACACUGAAAAACAAAGGCGGGACUUCCUGUGCGAGGCCAGCAUAAUGGGCCAGUUUGAUCACCCGAAUGUGGUCCAUCUGGAGGGUGUCGUCACCAGAGACAACGUUUCUCUGUUUGUGCUUGCACAGAAACAUGAUGGGCAGUUCACUGUGAUUCAGUUGGUGGGAAUGCUGCGCGGCAUCGCGGCCGGCAUGAGAUACCUCUCAGACAUGGGCUACGUCCAUCGCGAUCUGGCGGCGCGAAACAUCCUUGUCAACAGCAAUCUCGUAUGUAAAGUGUCCGACUUCGGCCUGUCCAGAGUGAUUGACGACGAUCCCGAAGCUGUCUACACAACGACGGUCAUAAAGGCUAUAGAGGAGGGAUAUCGUCUUCCCGCCCCCAUGGACUGCCCUCCUGGCCUCCAUCAGCUCAUGUUGGACUGCUGGCAGAAAGACCGAGCAGACCGACCCAAAUUCGACCAGAUCGUCGGCAUCCUGGACAAAAUGAUCCGUAAUCCUAACACCUUAAAAACACCAAUGGGAACGUGUACGCGACCCAUAAGUCCACUGCUUGACCAGAACACUCCAGAUUUCACCUCUUUCCGAUUGGUCAGUGAGUGGUUGGAAGCCAUCAAGAUGGAGAGAUACGUGGACAACUUCACAGCUGCCGGCUACAGCUCGCUGGAAUCUGUCGCUAGAAUGACUAUCGAGGAUGUAAUGAGUUUGGGAAUCUCCUUGGUGGGCCAUCAGAAGAAGAUCAUGAGCAGUAUACAGACUAUGAGAGCCCAGAUGCUGCAUCUUCACGGGACGGGCAUUCAAGUGUGAUGGGCGUCUGCAGCGCUCCCCGGUCAGAUGAACCAGAACUCUCCAGGACAGCACCGCAAAAUGUGUGACACAGCAACAAAAAAAAAACACGUAAAAAAACCCACUCAACAACAAAGAAAAAACUUUCCGUUUUUAACCUUCCAGAACUGACAGAACAGAAUCAUUCCUUUGUUAUUGGCGAAGGAUUUUGGCGAAGGUGCUGGAAACCAAGGGAUGGAGAGACAUGGAAAACGCAAACAGGCAAGAGAGAGAGAAUCCUAAACAGACAGUGACCUCUGGAUGCUCUAAAGAACUCAUCACGUCAUUGAGAUGCAGCAUUUGAGAGGAUUUUUAUGCUUUGUACGGACUGUCUUGCUCAUAGUUGCUAUAGAUUUAACUGAUUUCUUUUUUUUAAAUCAAGGGUGAAUACAAAAAUAAGCAAAUGAGUGAAUUUGCUGCGAGUUCAUUUGCUUUGGUUUGUAAUAUCCACAUUAAGGAAGUGUGGGACGUUACUCUUCUACUCGAUUGAUUUAUGUUAGCUUGUUUUCUUGGAUUGUGUUACGGAACUGACAACAGGGUAAAACGUCUCAUCUGGAGAGAAAGAGACAGAACCAGAGGCUGAAAGUCGACAGAGGAGGUUUGUCUUCUCCAGCCAGCACUAUCUACAUGAAGCUCUCUCCAGACUGAAGCAUUGGCAGAGAGUCGGGCUGACCUGGUCUUUUAUAUCAAACAGAAAUGUCCCACUGCUUGGUCACGUGAAGCUCCUGAGAGUGGCUGGUUGUGUUUAAGAACAGCCCGAGCAGACGGUUAGGUAUAUUUUAUGAUCCUACAUGACAAUUCAGAUGUGAAUUAGUACAAAGAGAAUUGCUAACCACUUCAGGUGGAGUUUUUUUUAAUGUAAGAACAACUAUUACGGUGGCAAUAUUCUUUCUAAGUUUAUAUUUACCACAGGAAUGGAUUUAUCAGUGAUGUUGUUGAAUGUGUACUUUUUAAUAUUGAUAUUAUUUACCAUAAAUACAUGUUUCCAUAAAGAAUGGAAAAAUUAAGAAAAAAAAAAGAAAGUUAGGCUAUUUUGAUUUAAUUUUUUAAGCAACCGUUUCAUUUUUGUUCAGUAUCAGUUGGUUUCCUAGCGGGUGACUGACUUUAAAAUCAUACAAUGUUGUGACGUAAAGGAGUAAUACUGCCUUAAAACAAGUCAACUAUUGCUCUUAUUUUUAGGUACUUAGAUUCUUUGUGAGAUCACGGCUGAGUUAGGGAGAGACUGACUAAUAUGAGCAAUAAUUUGAGGUGCUGUAUAGACUUUUACUCACGUACUGCUUGGAAAUCAGCAGCAGUGCUGUGAAAUUUGAUCAAAGAGAGUUGGUAAAUUUGUUUCGGUGUGUUUCUUCCACCCUUUUGUUGUGCUGAGCUCAAAGGUGAGGUUUACGCUAAAGUUUUAGUGCCAUAACAGCCUUCCACUCUCAACUGAAUGUUUCGUUGACAACUAAAUGUUACGCAUUUUAGUGUUAAGUACUUUAAGGAGUACCGUAGACCUUUUUAGACUUGCUUUGCUGGGCUGCCACAAAACUCUACCAUUUUAGUCAGCUUUGAACUGAUGUAGUUUUGUUUUAUUUACUACAAGACCUUAAUGUGACACAUUUUAAACACACACAACAUGUUUUUCAUUAUUUUGGGGAGCCAAUGCCAUUUUAACCGCAACAGCCGUGCCAACAUGUGGCAUUUUUCUUGAUUAGAAAGAAAGCGAAGGCGGAGCCGUUGGAGCGCAGCAUCACUGGAGGAUUUAGCCAAACGUUUGGCGCUUCAAAAAAGCCAUCGUUUACCAUGCCGUCUCCAUUGUGAACCCAGCUGGUUUGUGUGUGCGUCUCAUGAGGAUUAUAUCGUACCCUGGUUAGAGGCCCAUCUCUGCUCCACUAUCCUUCCAUCUCGCUAACCUCAGCAUUGAGCCCACGCCAGGCCUCUUUGAAUUGAAUGCGAGCGGAAUGGCUCUCGGUCAGCACAAACCUCUUGAGCUUCGACACUCAGAUCAGCCUCCCGGCACGCUCUGAUCUCACACUCCGGCCUCCCGGGGGCCCCUCACAGGCCCUUACCCUCUCCUUUUGGAUCCGGAGCCCCUAUAGAUACAGCAAUUUGAGCCAAUUUGAGAUUAAUGCCUGGAUUCAAUCAAUCCCACAUUGAGGCCACCGUACGGGUCAAUGACAAAUCUGUCAAUUUUUCUCCUUUUCUGCUUUGUGCUGUUUCUAACUUUUCUGGUUUGAUAUAGUGGAGUUUUCGGUCAAGACAGUUUGUGCCGUGGAUUGAUUGAGUUCACGGUGCAGCAGGGUAUUAAAUACUUCUCGAAAGACGCUAAAGAGCCCACCUAAGACAAAAAGUGAAGUGGAAUAUUCCAAAGAGUUCAGCACUGUUGAUUGUGUCAAGAGUAAUCACAAACCAGAGGACAAUUUGUAUAUGUUUUAGCUGUAAAACUUGUAUAUUUUAUUUAUAAUUGUCGUUUCUUUUCUUUAUUUUUCACUUAAGUACUCUGUAGUGAGCUCAUUGAAAAUGCACUAUAUUUUUCUAUCUCACAUGCAGCUGAUUCUCAUCACCCUCACUCUUUCAGUUGUACAUAAUUUCUCAUUUAGGACCAAAGAGAGCUAAUAGGUGUCCAUUUUAGAAGAGUAUUUUUUCUUUUCUCUUUUAGGUUGGAAAAAUGUACAGUACAAAUGAAUUGUCGAUUUAUUAUUUAUUUUUCUGUGACAAGAGUAUGGAGAGUAUUCAUUGGUCAAAAAAAAGUAUUUUCCUGAGUUGAAAAACUGUAUGGUCAUUUACCUUGACGAUUUCU